ACACAACACUCACCAUGGGCGAUAUCGAUCAGUCAUCCUCCAACUCUGCUCUGCAUUUCCACCGAAAGAGCGGCCUGCCCCAGAUCAUCUCGCACCGGGGCUACAAGGGCAAAUUCCCCGAGAAUACACUGAUCGCUGUCGAUGGCGCAGUAAAAGCAGGCACUCAUGCUCUCGAGCUUGACCUUCAUCUCUCCCGCGAUGGAGUCGUGGUUCUGUCGCAUGUAUGAAGCGCGCUUCAUUGAUAGAAGAGAGCUGACCCGAUCAGGACCCGUCAUUGAAACGCUGCUUUGGCGUUGACAAAAAGGUCGGCGACUGUGACUGGGAAUACUUGAGCACCCUAC